GCUCUGCUUGUCACGUGACCCAGCUCUCAGCGCCAGAUCGAGGUUUGGCACGCACGGCUGUGACGUCAGCGGGUGUUUGCGGAAGUGCUCGGUGAAAGUAGAAGUGGAAGCGAGAAGGUAGACAUGGCGGGGGAGCAGCACCAGCAGCGCUGGCAGGGAGCCGGGGCCGCCCGGGAUAUCGACCCCAUGGACAGGUUCAUGUGCCCCAUCUGCCUGGAGGUCCUGGAGACCCCAAUCCGGGUGAAAUGCGGCCAUGUGUGAGUCAUCCCCAGACUGCAUCAUGUGAUCAGUACACGUCAUAACUGGGGGAGUGUGACAUCACUGGGGGGAGUGUGUGACAUCACUGGGGGGUCUGACAUCCCUGGGGAAUGUGACAUCACUGGGGAGUGUGACAUCACUGGGGGAUGUGACAUCACUGGGGGGAAAUGACAUCACUGGGGAAGUGUGACAUCACUGGGGAGUGACAUCACUGGGGGUCUGACAUCACUGGGAAAUGUGACAUCACUGGGGGUCUGACAUCACUGGGGAAUGUGACAUCACUGGGGGAGUGUGACAUCACUGGGGAGUGUGUGACAUCACUGGGGGUCUGACAUCCCUGGGGAAUGUGACAUCACUGGGGGAGUGUGACAUCACUGGGGAGUGUGACAUCACUGGGGAGGGUGACAUCACUGGGGAGAGGGUCACUGGGAUCACUGGGGAGGGUGACACUGGGGAGAGGAGACAUCACUGGGGGGGAGGUGACAUCACUGGGGAGGAGUGUGACAUCACUGGGGAGAGGGAGUGUGACAUCACUGGGGAGGGAGUGUGACAUCACUGGGGGGAGGGAGUGUGACAUCACUGGGGAGGGAGGUGACAUCACUGGGGAGGGAGUGUGACAUCACUGGGGGAGGGAGGUGACAUCACUGGGAGGGAGGUGACAUCACUGGGGGAGGGAGGUGACAUCACUGAGGGAGUGUGACAUCACUGGGGAGGGAGUGUGACAUCACUGGGGAGUGGCAUCACUGAGGAGGGAGGACAUAAACUGGGGAGUGUGACAUAAACUGGGGAGUGUGACAUCACUGGGGAGGUGACAUCACUGGGGGAGGUGACAUCACUGGGGAAGGAGUGACAUCACUGGGGGGAGGUGACAUCACUGGGGGGUCUGACAUCACUGGGGGAGUGUGACAUCACUGGGGUGAUAUAAGGGGGUCUUACAUUUAGAUCCACUGAAUCCUGCAAAUCCCUAUCGCCAGAAAGUGUGAUUAUUAUUUUUUUUAUUAUUUUUAUUUAUUUAUUUUAUUUUCAAUUCUUAUUUAUUUUGCCCUCCUUAGUUAUGAUAAAUCUUAAAAUUUAGCUUUUGUCAAUUAACAUGCGAUUUAGUAGAUUUUCUUUUAUUCUGCACCCAAACGAACCAUCAUCAACCCCUCCAAGAUAUUAUUUCAUUUUUUUUCUUUCGCUGUACACAACCAUCAUUUUUGUGCCAUUAUUGGAGUUAUUCACUGCACUGGCAAUUUUGGAGAAUUGACCAGGAAUUUAAUAUCUGAUGCCAAAAUAGCCAAACUGGUCCUUCAGCACCCAUGUAAAGGCUUGCAUUUAGUGAUCUCCCUGCUUUAGCAUAUGUGAGUUAAUAAGUGGCUAAGCCACUAUCGUGGAGAUGUGUGGACAGUAGCGAUUGAUUUAUAUUCUGUUUUGUUGAUGAGGCUGCGGGAUAACUUUCCACCUUAAACUGGAGGAAAUACUCAUUUAAUUUUUAGACAUUUUAGCGCCUUAUGACUUUUUGGGGACGUUCAUUGAGAUGACUUUUAAUAUCACUUUGUCUAUAAAUAGGAAAUCUGUUCAGUUUGAAGCAGAGGGACUUACCUCUCCGCAGUUAAAAAGUCAGUUCUUCAUUUAUUCUUCGGCGAAGAUUUGCAUGUUUUAUUACUUCCUGUCUUCAUCUUUAAUAAAAACCACACAAGCAAUUGAUUAAGGACCAACUACUUUUAGGAUGUCUUCAUCAGCGCAUUGACAAUAGGCUUGUGUUGGCGUGUCAAUCAGGGGUUUUGGACUUUGUCCUUUUCAGUAACAGGCUUGAUGAUGUCCAAAAGGACCAGGAGACAUGAAGUGACCCUUUAAGGUCUGAUUGUUCAGUGUGAGAUCCCUGGCAGUGAUGAUGGUGUACUGUUUUAAAUAAAUAUAUAAUACGAUUGUAAUAAACAGUGUACGGAAGCAAGUGCCCUAGAUUAACCUGUAGAUGGCAGCACAUUAGCAGUAAUGCCUGUAAUUUGGGAUUAGCGAGCAGAGGGCACUUUUAUGGUGAUUUUUUAGGGAAAUAUAAAGUGUGCACAUUUUCUGUGUACCCUGCUACUGCUGCUGUUGGCCCGCAGGUCACUAAUUCCAAAUCACUGUAUUAGUUACUGCAUUGUGGUUAAUACCAGUACUGUAACUUUCCCUUCAUUUCCUGCAUGAUCUCACAAACUGAGCCCUGGUCUUCCUUGUUUUAUACUGUAUGAUCUCCAGUUGUGCAGCGCUAUGGUAUGUGUUGCAUGAGUAAGCCAGUAACCGUGGCCUUCAUGUUUCCUUGCAGAUUUUGCUCCACCUGUCUGCACCAAUGCAUGAAACAGAAGAACCCCUUGUGUGGCGUUUGCCGCUGCCCAUUAAUUCCUGGCCGGAAGGAGGCGGAACUGGAGAGACAGAUGGAGACCACUGAAACUUCAUGUAAAGGUUGUAGUAGGAAGGUAAGUACUAUGUGAGCUGGGCAUCGUUGGGGUCUGUCACUUGCCACAGACUAGCUACACACACACUCGCUGCAAAUUUAACAAUUGCGUUUUAUAUAUAGAUAUAUUAUACAUUAUUAUAUGUUUGAGCAGAACAUUAUUUGCAUGUAAAGCACAUUCCAAGGUAAGUGGUAAGUGCUAGGUGACAUGAUGCAUGUGAUACAGACAUGAAAAAGAACAUUUCUUUGUAAACAUGUGAUUCUCGUGUAUUUGAAGAAGGGAGCACAACAGGGGGGAAUAAAAAGAAGGUAAUGAGAAAAUGAAGCUGAAGGAUGCCUUGACUUCUAUUCAACCAUCGAGUCGCUCUUUAAAGUGCAAAGAUAGAUCUGAUCGGGAAAUGUUUGUUACUAUAGAUUGAUAUUUGAAAUAUGUGCUAGACACUGAUACAUGUUUCAACAUAUACAUCAACACUAUAUUCCUGGGAUAUGGGCUAAUCUAAGCUGCAGAUUUUCCAGUGGAUAUAUAUAUUUAUAUUUACUUUAUACACCAUACACAUAACGAAAAUUUCAUUUAUUUUUUUUAAGUUAGUUUUAAAAGCAUCUGAAAUCUCCUUUACCAAUCAUGUUGUUCUUGGCCUGUUAAUUCGCUGCAGUUGAACAGUUCAAGCCUCGAUGGGUCAAUAACCGUCUGAUCAGCUAAUAUUCAGACGCCAUAAACUCAAAGGUAGCACAAUGCACAGCUUAGUGAUUAGUGCACACUUGUGAAACACCCUUUUAUUUGAAAAACUAAUUUUAAAUACAAACGUUUCUCAAUGUAGAAAGGCCCUUAAAACCAGAGUACCCUUUCCCCAAUAUAUAGAAUUCAUAAUGCUGACCCUCCACCAAACACUCCUUGCUCGGGUGAGCGACUGGCAAUCUCCCUACAUUUCCCAGACGUCAUUAACAGUCUCAGCAUUCCCCAUCAGUGCUGACUAAUAACAUCAUUAUUUUUUUUUUCUCUUCAAGCAAGGGAAAGUCCAUCUCUUAUAAACCAAGGGAGUUUCCUUUAAAUCUAUUUUAUUUAUGUGCUGACAGAGACUUGGAUUCAUUCUGUUGACUCGAUUGCCACCUUUUGGAUACAGUGUAAAAAAGCGGAUGUUCCAAUUCCUUCUCUAAUAUCUCUUGUUUUGCGGAUUUCCUCUGUUUCCUUUUUUGAUUAACUCUAUCUGAAUGCACUAGAUGUUUUGGAAAAAAAUUACAAUUACCAAAAUGAGUAUUCAGAAUAAAAUGUAAAAUACCCAUUUUUUUUGUGGAAUGAAUUGGUUUGUCGUUCAGUGUCCCAUUGGUGGUCGGUAUGUUUUUUAAUUACCUUGUACAAUAGCUAAACCUCCACUGGCAAAACCUGGCAAAUCCACUCUCCAAAAUCUGUGACCUUUCGCCCACCUACAGGCUUGCAUGUCAUGAUCUCCCUGCUUUAGCAUAUGUGAGUUAAUAAGUGGCUAAGCCACUAUCGUGGAGAUGUGUGGACAGUAGCGAUUGAUUUAUAUUCUGUUUUGUUGGUGAGGCUGGGGGAUAACUUUUAACCUUGAUCUAAGCUAAAACUGGAGAAAACAUUGAUUUUUAUUUUAUGUCAUGUUGAACCUCAGGAGACUUGUGUCCUAGAUCACAUGAUUGAAUAAAACAUUUGAUCUCUACUAGAACAGGGAUAGGCAACCUUCGGCACUCCAGAUGUUGUGCACUACAUCCCGCAUAAUGAGCUUACACCCAUAAUGUUGGCAAAGCAUCUUGGGAGGUGUAGUCCAAAACAUCUGGAGUGCCUGUCCUAGAACUUGGUGUCCAGGUCCUGCAGUCUGUUAUCAGGAAAUGACUGCUGUUUAUAUGUGAAUUGUUUUUAAUCUCUACAUUAGUUGUCGUCUCUGUCAUUGCCAACAGAUGUUCAUUUCACAGUUGCGUGCGCAUGCAGCCACAUGUUCGAAAUACGAGAAUUAUGUCAUGGAAGGAAUUAAAUCUGUGACUAAGGAACAGCCUCCUAAUGCCAAGUAAGUGGUCAUUUCACCUCUGCUGAUUCCAAUAAUCUCUGCAUCAUGGUGUCUGCAAUUCUGUUGCUGUAGAUACUGUGUGUGGUGCUAUUUUCCAGGUGAUGUGAAACACAAGUUUCGUUGACUUCUUGAUCCAGAUUUCAGACAGCCAGUUAUGGUUCGCACUUUCCAAGAACACGCCGUGGCUAAUGUCAAAAGUGCCGCUGAUUUUAGGCAUUAUUUAUAUACAGUAAAAGCAGUUUAUGUAACCAGUUUGCAAGGCAUGUUCCGCAUCGUUGGGAUUCCUUUUCCAAUUCUACCAGAAGAUGCCAUUUAAUGUCUUUGCAUUACCUAACUUACCACUGAUAUUUUAUUUUGGUUCUUUCUCAAUCUGUCCUGUAGGAAUGUCCCAAACAGAUUCACCUUUGUAUGUCCAUACUGCAAAGAGCACAACCUUGACCAGGACGGUCUUGUAGACCAUUGUAGAAAGUAUCACUUCUCAGACCCAACACCGGUGGUAAGAGUCUCCGAUCUUCUUAUAUUAGGCUUGGUUAAACGCCAAGCAAGUUGCUGUCUUUUGGCACCUGGAAACCAUUCACUAUUUAUUUACGUAUGCUUAACAAGACCAUUAAACGCUAUAAUAAGGUGCUACACAUUUCAGAGGAAGGUUUGGAAAGAAGAUGGAGUCUGGUUUAAGUUCACUUGGGAAGAGUAUUGGAGAAAGGUUGUAUCGAGGCAUAUGUUACUUGUGAAGGAAGAACAUGCUAAUGCAUUGGCUGACUGGCAAGUUAGUUUAUGUCAUGGCAGAAGGUAAUUGUGAAGUAUGAUGGUUUCGGGAUGCAGGGGAAUUAUGGUGACAUUGGCCUAGGAGUGGAUUUUUCAUGACAGAACACAUGUGAUAUUAGACUACUUUUUGGCAGUUUGCGGAGUAUAACCCAUGUGUGGAUAUUCUGAAAGCUGAUCUAGGAAGGAUUUUUAAUUGCUUACAAGAGGUUCAGUGAGUUACAACAUACAGUUUUGGAGAUAAUAAAAGCAAAUAUUUGAAAGAACAGAAAGUGAUAGUGGCGUUAGAGGAUAACGUCUAGGAGCAGGGAUAAAAAUCUUGCUUUUGUCUUGUGGGUUUUUCAUAACUUCUUUGUGGUACCAACACCAUUCCAUUUUCCCUGUUAGGUGUGCCCCAUCUGUGCCUCUAUGCCAUGGGGAGAUCCAAAUUACAGGAGCGCUAAUUUCAUGGAGCACGUUCAUCGCCGACAUCGUUUCUCGUACGACACAUUUGUGGUAUGUAUGGCUUGUUGGUGGUAAAACCGAUGUUCCCUCGUUAAAUCCAAAGCAACCCACCUAUCACUGGCUUUCUGAAAACAUUAAAUGACCCCUCGUUCCUUUAUCAGCCUUGUGGCUCUGGUAACAUUCUCCAAAGGUUUAUGUCCUCUCCAAUUAAUUAUAAAGUGAAGAGAACCCUUAUGUAUUCUUGUAUGCCCUACAUAACUUAUUGCCCCUCAAAAUGUUUCCAUUGUUUGGUCAAACAUAAAUGAUCAGCUGUUGAUUUUCUAUUACUCAUGAAUAGGGCAUGCACCGAUUCUAUGGAUCUGGUUGCAAAUCCCUAAAACCAAGUCUGCUAUUCUACGAUUCCAAUUAAAGCUUUACUGUAUGUCUAAUGGUAUCACAUCGUUCUUUGCUGAAUGUCACUGCAUAUAUUUACAGUUUAAGUGAUACAAGAUCCAACCUGGUUUCUCUAUUUAUAACUUAACGUACCAUGAGAAUACACCGCACUCUGCAAAAAAAUGGAUAGAAUGAGAAAAAUUUAGACCAUUUAAAGUGAUAAUUAAAACCAAUUGCAAAUAGUCUUUAAUGCUUGUAAAUCUGUUUGGUUAUAUUGUUAGUAAUUAAUAUAUUGUCUAUGUUAAUGUUGUACAGUUUUGAACAUGCCAGAGAAUUGCUCUAUUGCUUUUUAAUGAAUUAAAUUUAAAUAUGGAUCCGUUUACAUGGAAUGGAAGAGUCUUUGUUUUUUUUUCUCUAAAUUGUAAACCCAUAUCUAACGAAUUUCUCGUUUUUGCUGUUGCGUUCCACAAGGAUUACAACACUGACGAGGAAAGUAUGAUGCACGACGCGUUGGUACGUUCCUUGAUGGAUAAUUGAAGAGACAGACCGUGCAGACGUCUACAUUUGGGUUGAAGUAUCCUCCUCACAGCCUAUGUGAAUUCUUUCUGUAGCAAGAUUAGAAUCCUUUUGGCAAUAGACUAUCGAAGAACCUCAACUCAGCUGUAUUUUAUUAUAGGCCUUGAAAGCAGGUGCUCCUUCAUAUAAUCGGUGAAUGUAUCGGGGUAGUAAUGUCUGUGUGUGUGUGUGAAAUAGUCUAGUUUCUAUUGCUGUUUUUCCAUUUUUAAUUUUCUAUUUUGUUUACUUCAUUAUUAUUAUUUUUAUUUUUUUUAACAGGCUAACCUUUACCAUAGUUUAAAAUAAAGAGGCCGGGUUAUCUUAAUUUGCCAAAAAUAGGUCAGUCCAAAUUCCCAACUUUUAAUUAUUCUGUUAUUGUAAUCACGGAAGAGGGGAGUGGAUGUUGUUUACAUUUAUCCAAUAUUCAUUUUUGUUGUUGAUCAUGUGUGACCCAACUUGUGGAUUACCCCACAAAGACUCUGAGUCUGUAUACUUGUUCCUGACUUUAAACAAAGCAUUGAACUUUCUUAGUAAUGAUAAGACUGCCGCAGAUAUAGAAGAAAUGUCACCAAAAUGUAACGUGAUGAGUGAGCCUGUUCUUUGUUAACACAAGCUCAGAUUAAAAUAUUAUUAAGCAGGAGCCAAGGUGCACACAGUGACAUUUCAUGAAUGUUAAGAGUGAUAAAUAUACGUGUCAUUUAAGGAACAUUGGAUCUUGUUGACUGUUUGUGUUUAUAAAAUGUCUAGCAACUCCUCUCAUCGUUUGGUUUUGUCUUCCUUGAUUAAACUACCUUCAGUGAGCCUCUUCCCAGCGGACUUGCAGAGCAGGAACAAAACUCCUGAACUCUCGAGAGAUGGAUUACAUUUUGAAAUGGAUGCUUUCAUGUAAUCGUUGUAAUCCGAUAUGAUGCUGUUGAAAUAUGCAGCAAAUUCAUAGAUAAAUCGAUGUGGAUCUAUUUUUUUUUUUUUUUUUCUUCUCUAACAAGAUGGCUGUUGCAGUGGGUGUUAUGGCUGCGUAGGCAGUUGCUCCCCCUUCCCUCCCUCCCUCCUCCCAAAACACCAUGCAAUAGAACAAUGCAAUCUAUGAAUUUGCUAUCUGAUUUGCACAAUGUACUAAAUGAACUGCUCGGUGCAUUUUAAACUCUUGCAAUCCAGCAGGUUAGGUGACAACUCGCUCUUUGCAAUAUAAACCCCUAACUGUAGCUCUGAGCACCCUGCAUCACCGUACCAAGAGCUUUAUGCAACAAACUGCCACUCAGGACAUAUUUUAGAGGUGUCUGCUUUGAUACAACUACAAAUGGCAAGCUUUUUCUUCAUUUGUGUAAGUGCGUUGUCUUGGUUCUAAGGUGUAUUAAAGGGACCCUACAGGGUAUCUCUCUGACAAGGAAGGUGUAAAGGGAGAGAAACUAAAAAUGUUUCCUCCCUGUUUUUGCAAAUUUAGUAAUAUGGAGAAAAAUCUGUUGCUUACAGUUUACGUGCUAGAAAAUAAUGUACCUUUUUGAGUUCAUGCACUUUUUGGGGAGGAGGGUGGAUUUCAUUCACACCCGGCUAUCUGCGGGGAGAUAAAGCAUUAAUAGAGAGUCAUGGUUAGCAUAGGCACAUUCAGUGCACGUAUAGGUCAAAUCACGUAACGGCCAGUUUUACGUAAUCUAAUGCAAAUUUGGAAUACUGUGCCCCUCCACUGGGGCAUAGAAAGAAUUUGCAGCAUUUGACCUCUAGCGGCUGUCAGUCUGCCGUUUCUGAUAACAUGGCCUCUAGCGGCUGUCAGUGUUUUACAUUGUCAGAUAAAACUGGGUACCGUCUGUGCACCAAAACAACUUUUUUUUAAAGAUUUCCUGGUGCUUUGGGUGUAGCAUAAAGGUGUUACCAAGGGCAUGCAAAUGGCAACCAACGCCAGCACCUACAUUCAAUGAUGCCAUUUGCCCAAGUUUUGAAAGUUCUACAUGAUGGCGUCUAAAUAAUUUUGAUGACUGCCCUGCUUUAAUAUAUUUCGGCUACGUUGCUUAUAAAUAAUGCACGCCAUCAUCUGGUGGGAUGAUGCUUAAAUAUUUAUAUUUAUUUAUUUUUUCCUGAUAUGAAACUAAAGAAAUCUUUUUAUAACCUAGUUCCAUCACUCCCUGAAAUUAGUGGAAUAUGACCUCACAAUAUUAAAUUAAAUCUGGCAUGUUUAAAAUCUCUUCCUGCCGUACUGCUGCUACAUUUAAAUGGGUCUUUUUUUUUCCCCCUACUUUUAUAAAAUAGUUUUUUGUUUUGCUUCCUUAGUGCCGUGUAUGAAAUCUUAUUAGGCUUUUUACUUUCCUAUAGACUAUUGUUUGAUGAAGGCUGUAAAUGAUAACUGUUGUUGGGCAGAGUGGGUGUACACACAUUUUAUAUGAACGACAUCGGUAUUUUUCGUUUUUGUUUUUUUUUUAAUUCCUUUAUAUGGGAGCAGUCUACGUUUUUAUUUUUAGUUAUUCUUCAUUUUGGAACAAAAUGCUUUGUGUCUGUGGGUAAAAGGUGCAGCAUUAAAAAACUGAAAAGAAACCCUCUCGGAAUGAUUUUGGCUUAACCGGUAGGAAGGGAUGAGCGCAUCCCUGCACCAAAACAAGGCAGAGAUUGCCGGGUCUGUCAAACAAUCGUACGUGCAUUCAUGUGAAUGCUAUCUAACCCCUACAGAACCUUGCCAGACAAAUCCAUUGCUUUUGUGGCAGUUUUAAUCAUUUGUAAACAGGUUAAAUUUAUCCAUUUCAAUAUCUGAUAUUCUCUCCUCCCCUUCCUCCACAGUUAUAAUAGAUUUCAUUAAACAGGUUCAUGGAUUCACCUCUCUGUUCUAUAUUUUGAGAUGUCCUGUUGUUGUUUUCUCAAGCCUAACAAAUGUUAGCGACAGAUUGUGCUCUUUGUAUUUUGUUUAAUUCUGUUUUAGUUGUACGUUGUAUGUCUGGCUAUCAGUCGGUAUGUACUAUGCAAAUUAAUUUAAUCCCACAGUGCCCAAUGCAUGUGGCGUAUUGACCCAAUGCAUGAGCUAAGCGGGUACAGCAUUGCUCCUUAGAUGCCCUGGCGUGCUCAUCGCAUCCUGGACACAGGAGUGCCCUGGAGGUAAGGGAUUUACUUCCCUUGACCGCACUACUAUUCCCAGUUAUGUCUUUAAUAGUGGUUUUUCUGGGAGGAUGGAGUGAUGUAAUUACACUUCCUGUGAAGCAUCAUGGAAAAUGUAGUUGGCCGGCAUCUGCAGUGCAAAGAUACCAUCAUUGCUGUGCAGUGUAUUUAUUUGUACAUGCAUCCUAGCUGUAUCUGUCAUUGGUACUCUUAAAUUAGAGGGGCAAAGGUUUAAAAAUAAUAUCAGGAAGUAUUACUUUACUGAGAGGGUAGUGGAUGCAUGGAAAAGCCUUCCAGCUGAAGUGGUAGAGGGUAACACAGUAAAGGAGUUUAAGCAUGCGUGGGAUAGGCAUAAGGCUAUCCUAACUAUAAGAUAAGGCCAGGGACUAAUGAAAGUAUUUAGAAAAUUGGGCAGACUAGGUGGGCCGAAUGGUUCUUAUCUGCCGUCACAUUCUAUGUUUCUAAUCAUGGGUGGGUUGGUGUUUGGAUAUUGUUGCUAAUAAGUCUUGAUUUCUAGGUCGGAUUGACUGACUUUAUAUGUGACUUAAAAUUAUCCAUCUUAAUGUCCUAUAAAAGCUUGCCCAAUUUACCACAUUUAACUCCGAUUAUGCAAUAUCUUUUAUCUGUUCACUUUAUCGUGAUUUCAACUUAUUUUACGAAACCAAUGUUUGUUAAUCUUAUAUUCCAGAGCAGCAAUAAAGAGAUCCGAAAUGGCUUUCCUUUUAUUUUUGUAUUUGUCUGUUUUCCCUUGUAAGUGUCUUUAUAAUCUCUGAUCAUAUGAAGGGCUCUCAAUGCUAACCGAGGGUUUUACUCUUUCUUUCUAAUAAACGUUUUCUAAAAUGUAAGCACAGAAUGCACAAUUUGUAAUCAUCUUUUUAAACCAAAAUAAAGCAAUAAAAUAUCUCACUGUAAAGGCUGCCCUUUUUCUCCAAUAUGUAAAAUACUCCUGCACAAAUUUAUCAAUGC